AUGGAGAUCGGCACUACGAGCGUGAUACCACGGAGCGCCACCCCUCGCCCUCGCACUCCGUGCAGCCUGCAAGCCCUCGGGCGCAACCGCGCCGUCCUCCUCCGUGACGUUGCCAGGCCGCCGCGGCGUCUGACAUGCGGCGCUGCUGGUGGCGGUGGUCGCAGCGUCGACCGCCGUGACGUGCUGCUCGGCCUCGGCGGCGCCGCGGCGGCCGGCCUGGGCACGCAGCGAGGCCGAGGUGCCGCGAUCGCCGCGCCCAUCCAGGCACCGGACCUCCCCAACUGCCACCCGCCCGACCUCCCCAACACGGCGCCGGACACGAACUGCUGCCCGGCGUACGGCACCAGCAUCGUCGACUUCCAGCUGCCGCAGCAGGGAUCGACGCCGCUCCGCGUGCGGCCGGCGGCGCACCUGGUGGACGCGGAGUACCUGGCCAAGUAUGAGCGUGCGAUGGAGCUAAUGAAGCAGCUGCCGGCCGACGACCCGCGCAGCUUCGAGCAGCAGUGGCGCGUGCACUGCGCCUACUGCGACGGCGCGUACGACCAGGUCGGCUUCCCCGACUUGGAGCUCCAGAUACACAACUGCUGGCUCUUCUUCCCAUGGCACCGGUUCUACCUCUACUUCCACGAGCGGAUCCUCGGCAAGCUCAUCGGCGACGACACCUUCGCGCUGCCCUUCUGGAACUGGGACGCGCCGGCCGGCAUGACGCUACCACCGAUCUACGCCAAUACUUCCUCGCCGCUCUACGACGAGAGGCGCAACCCCGCUCACCAGCCGCCGUUCCCGCUCGACCUCGACUACGACGGUACAGACCCCAGCAUCCCGACCGACGAGGAGAUCAACCAGAACCUCAAGAUCAUGUACCGCCAGAUGGUGUCGGGCGCCAAGAAGACGCAGCUCUUCCUGGGCCAGCCCUACCGCGCCGGCGACGCGCCGGACCCGGGCGCGGGCUCCGUCGAGAACGUGCCGCACAACCCGGUGCACCGCUGGACGGGGGACCCUCGCCAGCCCAACGGCGAGGACAUGGGCAACUUCUACUCCGCCGCGCGCGACCCCAUCUUCUUCGCGCACCACGGCAACGUCGAUCGCCUGUGGCAUGUCUGGCGCGGCCUCCGCCCGGGGGCCAACGUCGACUUCGCCGACGCCGACUGGCUCGACGCCGCAUUCCUCUUCUACGACGAGGACGCCCGCCUCGUGCGCGUCCGUGUCCGCGACUGCCUCGACCCCGCCGCCAUGGGCUACGCGUACCAGGACGUCGGCCUGCCGUGGCUGGACGCCAAGCCGGCCAAGCAGUCCACCGCCACGCCCGCACCCGCCGCCGGUUCUUUCCCAGCAACUUUGGACAAGGCCGUGCGCGUGACCGUGACGAGGCCGGAGGUGUCCAGGAGCCCCGAGGAGAAGGAGGCAUCCGAAGAGGUGCUGAUCGUCGAGGGCAUCGAAAUCGCCGACCACUUCAAGUACGUCAAGUUCGACGUGCUGGUGAACGAGCCCCAGAGCGGAGCCGGGGCGGCCACAGGGUACUGCGCCGGGAGCGUCGCCCUCACGCCGCACAUGAUCCGCCAGAACAAGAAGAAAGGGUCGGUCAAGACGGUGGCCAGGUUCGGCGUCUGCGACCUCAUGGACACCAUCGGAGCCGACGGCGACAAGACGGUCGUCGUGUCGCUCGUGCCCAGGUGCGGCGGCGAGCUGGUCACCGUCGGCGGCAUCAGCAUCGGCUACGCCAACUGA